CGGCUGUCGCUCUAAUCUGUCAGAAGCAGUACAGCAGAGCACAGGAAAACUUUUCAUUUCUUGAGCACGGGUUACUCGUUUCGUUCGGUUUGUUCGGUCAAGUGGCGAGUCUUGUGGUACCAUUUUGCUUCACUCGGUGUGCAGCUAUUUUAAAUAUCCUGUACUCAACAAUUAGUAACACCUGAGAGACAGAGGCAAACGGAGGAUAAGGAACCAGUCAGAGGAUGCCGAAUUUAAAUAAGAUUGCCGAAGAGGAACGCGAGUCCAAAUUCGGCUAUGUGUUCGCCGUAUCUGGUCCGGUCGUCACGGCCGAACGUAUGUCUGGGUCGGCUAUGUACGAGCUGGUUCGCGUCGGUUACUAUGAACUAGUUGGAGAAAUCAUUAGGCUGGAGGGUGAUAUGGCCACCAUUCAGGUGUACGAGGAAACAUCUGGUGUCACUGUUGGAGAUCCGGUGCUGCGUACAGGCAAACCCCUGUCCGUCGAACUCGGCCCGGGUAUCAUGGGUAGCAUUUUCGACGGUAUUCAGCGUCCUUUGAAGGACAUUAAUGAGUUGACCAGUUCUAUUUACAUCCCAAAAGGUGUUAACACUCCCAGUCUUUCGCGUACCUCGAGCUGGGGUUUCAAUCCGUUGCACGUGAAGGUUGGUUCUCAUAUUACUGGUGGUGAUCUGUAUGGUAUCGUGCACGAAAACACCCUGGUUAAACACAAACUGAUGGUACCACCGCGUGCCAAGGGUACCGUACGCUACAUCGCAUCCCCUGGCAAUUAUACUGUCGAUGACGUCAUUCUGGAGACUGAAUUCGAUGGUGAAAUCAACAAGUAUACCAUGUUGCAAGUAUGGCCAGUGCGUCAACCUCGUCCAGUAACUGAAAAGUUACCCGCCAACCACCCGCUGUUGACUGGUCAGCGCGUGCUGGAUUCCUUGUUCCCUUGUGUCCAAGGCGGUACUACCGCUAUUCCCGGUGCUUUCGGUUGCGGCAAAACUGUCAUCUCACAGGCCCUUUCCAAGUACUCGAACUCCGACGUCAUCGUGUACGUCGGUUGUGGAGAGCGUGGUAACGAGAUGUCAGAAGUAUUGCGUGAUUUCCCGGAGCUAUCAGUAGAAAUCGAUGGCGUUACCGAAUCCAUUAUGAAACGUACUGCACUGGUCGCUAACACCUCCAACAUGCCUGUCGCUGCUCGUGAAGCUUCCAUCUAUACCGGUAUCACCCUUUCCGAAUAUUUCCGUGAUAUGGGUUACAAUGUGUCCAUGAUGGCUGAUUCGACAUCACGUUGGGCUGAGGCUCUGCGAGAAAUCUCUGGUCGUCUAGCUGAAAUGCCUGCCGAUUCAGGCUACCCGGCCUACUUGGGUGCUCGGUUGGCUUCUUUCUAUGAACGUGCCGGUCGCGUUAAAUGUCUCGGUAAUCCGGAACGUGAGGGCUCGGUUUCUAUUGUCGGUGCUGUAUCACCACCCGGUGGUGAUUUCUCCGAUCCCGUCACUUCGGCCACUCUUGGUAUUGUACAGGUGUUCUGGGGUUUGGAUAAGAAAUUGGCUCAACGCAAACAUUUCCCAUCGAUCAAUUGGUUGAUUUCAUACAGUAAGUAUAUGCGUGCUCUAGAUGACUUCUAUGACAAGAACUUCCCCGAGUUCGUGCCACUGCGUACAAAGGUCAAGGAAAUCCUGCAGGAGGAGGAAGAUCUGUCCGAAAUCGUGCAACUUGUCGGUAAAGCUUCGCUGGCCGAAACCGAUAAGAUUACGCUUGAGGUCGCUAAGCUGCUGAAGGACGAUUUCCUGCAGCAAAAUUCUUACUCGGCCUAUGAUCGAUUCUGCCCAUUCUAUAAGACCGUCGGAAUGUUGCGAAACAUAAUUGGCUUCUACGACAUGGCUCGCCACGCGGUUGAAACUACUGCACAGUCAGAGAAUAAGAUCACGUGGAACGUGAUCCGUGACUCGAUGGGUAACAUUCUUUACCAGCUGUCGUCGAUGAAGUUCAAGGACCCGGUGAAAGAUGGUGAAGCUAAAAUCAAGGCCGAUUUCGAUCAGCUGUAUGAGGAUCUGCAGCAAGCGUUCCGCAAUUUGGAGGAUUAAGCGUACAUUUGUGUCCAUUUCACGAAAUGUCUUAAAACAGUUUUAUUGUUUUCAAUAAUCGUAAAAGUGUAAAACAUAGUGCAAAAAGAAUAAAAACAACCAUGGAACGUAUAAUACACAAAAAAUAUACAUCGUCAGUACUCAAAAUUUAACAGGUGUGUCGUGAAAAAGAGCUGCAACACGAUCAGCAUAAUACAUCUUUUCGGCCGAAUUCAACUUUUUACAGGAGUAUUUAGGUUAUUGUGUAACUUUAAUCGUGCAGAAGCUUAAAACUUGUAGGGAGCGUAGAGAAGAACUAUAGUAUAACAGAGAUGGCAAACAUACAAAAACACGCGGUCACGACCACACUUAGGAUGAGCUCACAGCACUAGUUAGAGGUAGUUGGCUCCUCCCAGAACCACAGCCAACGGAAAAUGUCUUCAAAGUUUUCACGUGCAUCGGAAAUACAGUUUAAACUGUCAUCGGCAAUUGAGAGUUUAAUGAUCAAAGGGGAUUGAAAUACGCAAUGCUGCGGUAUACUCUCAGCCAUACAACAAUAUGUGACGUCGCAAAACGCAUGAUGAUUGUUAAAAACAACAGAUAUUUAAAAUAAUCGCGGCAAAGGAAGAAGUGAAUUUUGAUUAAGAUAGAACAUAUAUAUGUAUAAUGAAAGUAUUGUUUAAGAGAGAUAAAUAAUCAUACAAACAAAACAUGUUUUACUAUGUUUAAGAUAAUCAAAUUGUUAUAUUGCUCUUUGUUUUAGUUAAUACAUCUGUACUUUUAUUUUGAUGUCGUUU